AAUGGAGCUCCCGACCCCAAAUCCCAAUUCCAUGUCCUCCGAACCCUAAUCGAGCUCCCGAAGCUUUCCAUCUCCAACAAUGGAGAAAUUGUGCGAAUCGCUUCUUCGUCCUCGCUCGCGCGCUCUCUAUCCGACCCUGUGGAUCUUCGUCGCCCUUUGUUUCCCCACCACCAUUUUAGGAAUCCGGAAGGAAAUUGGGUUUCCGCAAGAUCGUUUCUGCAGGAAUACUGUUCAGGGGAGGUACUUGCUCUCAGAUGACAAUGGUUAUGUAUGCACUGCUCUUUCUGUCGAUCCAUGGACGCGCUGCUGCCCUGAAAUGGGGGAUCGCUUUUCUUGUCAGGGGUGCAACCUUGUCUCGCAAUGCUGCGACUCAUAUGAAUAUUGUGUAUCUUGCUGCUUGAAUCCAUCAAAGACGAAAAUGGAUCUCGCCGUCAAGGUGAAAAUAGCCAAACCAGUCACUGCAGGUAGAUAUGGUACUGUUUUUGAUUUCUGUGCUGGGAGAUGCCGUCAUAAUUCUGCUAGUGUGGUUCACGAGAAUGCCUAUGCUAGCGACUUCCAUCAUUGCUUCUCAUUGCAGUUAAAUUCUUCAGGUUUGAUUGAAACAAAUUCUGAAGCCCAACUGACAAGUAUAGACGUUGUUGUUGGAAGGUUGGGUGAAUCUUGUAACUCCGUGUGCAUGUCAAAGGGGCAAUCUUGUGUUCCGAACAGGCUCUUUGUGCUAAACAGAUGUGAACUCCUGCGGAAAUAUAUGAGCUGCAAGAGUGGUUGUUAUGCAAGCACAGGCGCAGAUCAACCGGCCGAAGUUGCGGAUGAUGCUCCGAACCACAUGAAUCCCGGGGCGUGCUUGUACACGCAGAUGGAGGACGUGCUCACGUGUGACGGCUCACAUCAACGUACCAGGAGGCUUUGUCCAUGUGCAUGACAUAAACACUCUGCAAACAAGGAUUAAACUUUGGAAGCAUCUGGGUUUGGUUUUUCGAACAUGCAUCGCAUGUUGAGAAGCGAGCAGGAGAACCUGAUUGGCUGCAGUGUACGUUUUAAGACGGCGUCUGUGCAUCGUGCAUCGUGCAUCAUGCAAGCGGGAGAGAUGAAUCGAUUAUUUGAUCCACUCCGUUGUAACUGCAGCUUCUUUGUGUGUUGUUCAAGAAAUCAAUUACUCGAGGCUAUCUUGCAAGGUUUCUUUUGUAUUUCCUAAUGUAUCAAUUACCAGUUGCUGUAUAUUACAUUUUGAGCAAUCGAGGAGAGAUCUUGUUAGUGAUUUUGAAUGACUGGAAAA